AUGGGCAGACAAAAGGUGUAUUUGGACAAACUGGCCCGGUUCUUCCACAUCCGUAAUCUGCUCCUUCGCCAGGCCCUGGCCGAGUGUCUUGGCACCCUCAUCCUUGUGAUGUUUGGCUGUGGUGCAGUGGCCCAGCUGGUUCUAAGUGGUGGUUCCCAUGGCAUGUUCCUCACAGUCAACUUUGCCUUCGGCUUCGCCGCCAUGUUAGGCAUCCUGAUCUGUGGCCAGAUAUCAGGUGGCCAUCUGAACCCUGCAGUGACCUUCUCCCUGUGCCUGCUCGGAAGAGAGCGCUGGAGAAAGUUCCCCACAUACUUCCUCUUUCAGACAAUCGGUGCUUUCUUUGGUGCUGCCAUCAUUUUCGGCAUGUACUACGACGCUCUGUGGGACCAUCCUGGAUGUUUUAAUGUGACUGGACCUAGAGCCACAGCUGGCAUCUUUGCUACCUACCCUGGAAAACAUCUCACUCUCGUCAAUGGCUUCUUUGAUCAGAUCAUUGGCACAGCAGCACUCAUUGUUUGUAUUCUGGCUAUUGUGGAUCCAUACAACAACCCCAUCCCCCAAGGGCUGGAGGCAUUCACUGUGGGAUUUGUGGUUCUGGUCAUUGGAUUGUCUAUGGGCUUUAACUCUGGCUAUGCUGUCAACCCUGCCAGAGACCUCGGGCCACGUCUUUUCACUGCUAUGGCUGGGUGGGGUAGAGAAGUGUUCACGGUUAGAAAUGGCUGGUUCCUGGUCCCUGUGUUUGCCCCAUUCCUCGGCGCCACCAUCGGCACGAUGAUCUACCAGCUGAUGGUCGGCUUCCACUUUGAGGGAGAAGAACGUGACAGGAAAAAUGCAGAGGAGGAGAAUGUCCGACUCACCAAUGUUAACACCAACGACAAAACCAAAGACACUGUCAAAGAAACGCACUGA